CACAGCUCAUGCGCGGGAGCUACAAAAACCACCAUACUCUGUUUUCUAAAACGUUCGUCUCUUGGUAUCUCUGUUGUUGUUGCUGAGAUGCUCAAGCUACCAACGUCUCCGUGUCUGCUCCUUACCGUCUGGCUUUUGUGUAUUUCCGAUUCGGUUGACGUGGAUCGUUCUCAAUUUGGAGCCAUAAUCGCUACUCAUCCCGAUGAAGGUCUGUCUUUCAAUUCAUUGGCACUAACUAUAUCGAUUCUGUUAUAGUAUAAUGGGAGUCUGCACGUGUGGUCAAGAUAAGAAGAAGAGGAAAAGCACGUGAGACAAAGGCAGCUGGAGUUGUAACGGAAUAAGAUUGUCAACGUCACGGAAAGGGAACAAAUCGGUUCACACUGUUUGUUAACUCUCUAUAAGAGCAUCUGUUAGCUCAUCAUUUCUCAUUACGCAAAUCUGAAUUGUUGUUUCUAUUUUCUGGGUUUGGUGACAUGUACCUCAUCCAUUUGCUGGAGCUUCUCUCUUGAGACUCUUGUAGAUGAGAAGUUGAUGUUGCGUUUCUUGUGAACGUUAUAUCAAGUUUUAUCAGUUGUGUGUUUGAGUUUCUGUUUUACGUUUAUCACUGGUAUCAGAGCAUGACGACCUCAGAAUCAAUGGCACGACCUAGAUCGCGAUUGGAACAACUGAUUGCGGAACAAAAUCAAGAGAUCGACAAGAAGAUGGCUGCACUGUUGGGAGAGAUUCGACGUAUCUCCGGUAUCGAGAAUAACACAUCAUGGAGUGGUCACCAACAUCAACGAUCAUCUCCAGUGGUCACCGGUUUCAGUGACUUCGGAAACUGUUCCUCCGUCACCGGAAGUGGUUCCUGUUCACGAUGCUGAGAUCAACGCUACCAGUACUAAUCUGCUAUCACAUCGCACAAGGAAGAUUCGUCGGAUGAGAUUAACGAGAAAAGGGUGAAGGGGCUAUGUGUAUUUUGUGAAGAGCCAGAGACUCCAGGUCACCACUUGAAACACAAGAACUUAGGGAUUCUCAUGAUUGAUGGUGAUGAAGAUCAACUCCCUAAUUAUGGACUUGGGGAAUCAAUUGAGCAACGUACGGUGAAUUUGGUACAGGAAGCUCGAGAGGAAGAAACAACUCCACAAUUACAGGUGAUGUUGAGAGGGUUCAGAAAGUGUUAAGUGUGGCAAAAUAUAUCUCUGCACACCAAGUGUUCUGCAAAUUGUCUCAGCAUAAAGAGAACCUGAGUGUUAAGAAGCUUGGAAUAAAGACGAAAAUGAAAGGGAUUAAGACUUGGAUGUUCAAAUUCAGGAAACAAAAGAGUGAACAAUGGCUUGGUUAUGAUUUGUUUGCUACUUACUUGGAAAACAAAACGAACGGGGCAAAGUUGGGAGUUAGUAGACGUGACGAAGAGUAUGGACGUGAUCGAAAGUCAAGAGUUGAAGGUUGAUCCAGUUGUUGAGUUGAAAAAGUUGCAGGAAACCGAAGGAAUUGAAGAAUAUCAUGAGAAGUUUGAGUGGAUAAGAGCUAGAGUCAAUCUCUCUGAAGAGUAUUUGGCUGGAUUAAGGUUAGCUACACAAACACAUAUUAAGCUGUUCCAACCAAAAUCAAUUCAACAAUGCUUGUUAGUGGGUCCUUUAUAUGAAACUGCAUAUCCAACACAGAAAGUUCAGAAAGGUUGGUACACUUCGACAUUGUCCCUCAGUCACAGUAAAGCUCAACAGUUUGUGAUAGAGGCAGAAAAACAAAAAAAAGGUGGAUAGGAUAGGUGAAAAUCAUAAGAGGAAACUGGGAGAUAAUGAUUCCCUAACAUCUGCAGCUGGUUUAGAUAUGAAGGUUCAUGAAACUUUUCUUAAUAAAGUUCAGCCUAAGGCUUCUGUUUAGGUGGACAACUUGCUGCAUAAACAAGAAUUGAGUUGUGAGCAUCGAUGUUUUCAUAAAGCAGUCUCACAUAAGGAUAAAAACUCCUCAAAUGAGAAGCAAUUGAUUCAACAAGAGAUUUUUGUUGUGGUGGAACAAACGAUUUCAGUUGCAGAGAAUAAAGGUAGCUUCAGUCUUUGUGUGCAGUUUGCAGCAGAAACAGAAGAGGGAAUAGAUACAGAUAUGAUAAGUGAAGAUCAUAAGCAACAAGUGGGAGAUAAUGAGCUUUUAACAACAGUAGCAGCUUAUGAUACAAAGGUCAAUAAAACUGUUGUCAGAGAAGGAAGUGCUUCUAAGAGAGAGAGUGAUUAUCAAUCGAUUAAGCAAGAAGACUUUGUUGUAGAGAAGAAACUACUGCAACAACCUGAAUCUACUAGUGAAGUUUUCAAGGUCUUGCAAGGAGUGGACAGUUUGCAGCACAAUGGGAAGAAGGGAAAGGGCUCAAAAUCUUGGAUGUUUAAAUACAAAAAUCAGAGGCAUGUCUUGGAGAAGUUACAGUCUGAUUCUGUUAUUUCUGUUUCCCACUCUGUUUUUGGCGUUGUUGUUAUCACUAUUCAGAGAGAUGAGCUAUCUGCUGUAACUUUUAGUUGGUUGGCUGCAACAUUGCAGAGUAUUUCAGAGGAUUCCCUCAUGCAAAGAAGGUGUAGAAUGUGGCUGAGACAAACUUUACAAGAUCUGCAACAGUUUAAGCACAAGUGGAGAUUCAAGCUUUUACAUAUAGUUUCAGAGUUAACCUUCAGUUUGGAGACUGUUGCAAUAUCACUUGCAAAAUAUCUUGUGCAGAAGCCAUUAUUUAAGGUGGCAGGUAAAUGCAGAGAAAAGCUGCAUCAAAUGACAAUGGUUUUGCCUACUCAUCUGCACUUUGGGGGUGCAAGUCGCUAUGUGUGGCAUCGUUUCACGACUCAAUCUUCACAGAAUUUUGUUAGUCAGGUUUGGGAUCCUGGAGGUUUGUUUCAAUACUCUUUGAUUUCAACUUGAAGUUACAGUAGAGUUGCUAGCUGCAAGUUAAGAUCCAUGGACUGUUUUAAAACUAAACCUUGUGAUCAAGGUUCUACGAACAGGGGAGCUUUGUUAUAGUAUAAUGGGAGUCUGCACGUGUGGUCAAGAUAAGAAGAAGAGGAAAAGCACGUGAGACAAAGGCAGCUGGAGUUGUAACAGAAUAAGAUUGUCAACGUCACGGAAAGGGAACAAAUCGGUUCACACUGUUUGUUAACACUGUUUGUUAACUCUCUAUAAGAGCAUCUGUUAGCUCAUCAUUUCUCAUUAUGCAAAUCUGAAUUGUUGUUUCUAUUUUCUGGGUUUCGUGACAUGUACCUCAUCCUUUUGCUGGAGCUUCUCUCUUAAGACUCUUGUAGAUGAGAAGUUGAUGUUGCGUUUCUUGUGAACGUUAUAUUAAGUUUUAUCAAUUGUGUG